AUGAACAACUUCGAAUAAGACUUCUAUUAAUUUGUUAAAGAUUAAUUAGCCAAAAAAAGAAGGCAAAAAGACUCAUCACCUAAUACUCCAUAAGAUGAAACUGAUGAGAUGGAAAGUAACUCAUAUUGAUUUUAUAAAGAAAAUAGAUUGUUCAAUUAAAAUGUCAGUAAAGUGUUGCAAUAAGAAAGAAAGAAAAUGAAAAUCAAUAAAGUUACAAGGGAGUAGUUGUUUGAUAGGAGAUUUAAAGAUUUUGCUAAUAUGGAUACCUUUCUUGAUAUUAAAUAGUUUCUCAAGCAUUUAAGUAAUUAGAAGAUAGCUAAAGCUGAAAAAAAAAAGAAGUUAAAAACUCUAAAGAAAAUUGAUUCAGAUAGUGAUAAUGAUGAUUUAUUUGAUUAUGCUGAGAUCAUAUAAAAGAGCAAGUAAAUUGUUGAAAAGAGUACAGUUAUAAGACAUUCACCUGACAUCAAAGGAUAUUUGAUAUAAGAAGACUAACCAAAUUCACCUAAGAAUGAUAUUGAGGAGCUCAAAACAGAAGAUGAUAAAUUUUAUAAUGGAAUUGAUUAACUAUUUGUUGAUAUCAAGACUAAAUCUGAAUAGUUAGCUUUAUAAAAAAAAUAUGAGUAAGAAAGAAAAAAUUGUAAAGGAUCUAUCUAAAUAAUUAAAAUACCUUAAAAGUAAUUAGAAGAAAAUCUUUAAGAAAAAGAGAAGAUGGAUGAAUUGAUUUCUAAAUAAGCUAAGCAAUUUAAAGAAUAAACUGAAAAGGUACUUACUCUACUUGAAAAAACAACAAAGCAAUUAUAUAAUAAUAAAUAGAAAAAGGGACCUCAAAGAUAUAUUAAAAAAAAGAAGAAGUUAACAGAACCUAUUUAAUAACUGUCAGAAAUUAGUGAAUAAAGAACUACUUUCCAUCAAUUUUAUCCUGAAACUUCUCGUAGUACUAAUAAACUUCCAUAGCUAUCUCCCAAUACAUCCAAAAUAUACUCUCAUAGAACAUUUUUAAGUUAAGCUGCUCUUCCUGAUUCUAGAAAAAUAAGUCAAAUUUUAGAAAGGGAGGAACCUUAGGAUAAGAUAAAAAAUUAAUUUAAACAAUUCAUUUAAAAAAUAGACAGAGCUAAAGCAUCUUUUGAUAAAUCAUAUUAGAAUGACAAAGAAUUAUUAUCAAUUUAAUAAAGAAUAAUAAAAAAUAUGAAUAAAAUUGGAGAGAUACCGUUAGAGAGUUUAAAAAUACUUAAUAAAAAAGAAUUUGAGAUUAGUAAUCUGAAGUUAAGUAAAUUUAAAAAACUAAGACCAAUGCAAAUUUUAUGA